AUGUUCAAAAUCAAGAUACCUGCAUCCAAGGACAAAAUUAAGGACAACGCCAAAGAAACUGGCGAGAAGAAGAAGAAGCUUCCCAAAUUGAAAAUCGCUAAACCUCAACCACCAACUUCACAACCGCCAUCAUCAGCACCAUCAUCUUCAUCAUCCAAUAUAAAGCUUAAAAAAACUAAAGCUAAACAGAUUAAAGUGAAAUUAAAAACACCACUGCCUGGAAUAGCUCAACCUGUUGUAAAGAAAGCUCCUCGUAUUAGAGUCAAGCCUACAAGGAUACCAGGUGAAGGUUAUGAUUCUGAAGCUUCAGAUAUUGAAGAUGAUCCAUUAGUUGAAGAGGCUAUCAUUCUAAGACUGCUACCCGAUGCCGAGCUGGACUACGUGAGACAUUGUGUCGAAAGUGGUGAAUUCAAUCAGUUCCAUAUUAAAUGGAAAGAUAGAUUACGUGCUAUUGUCUAUAUCAAUUAUUCAAUGUAUGCAGCUAAAUUGGUGAAUUUACCAAAUAUAAUUGAAGCUCAGAAAACUGUUGACAAAAAAAAUAUAUUCAAAACGAUUGAUAUCUCACAAAUUUUACUUGUUGUGAGGAAAAUCCAAAAUGAAUCAGAAAUUGAAGAUUUACAAGUUGAGUAUGGUGAAGUAUUACCAGAUGGAUUAACUCCUCCACUUCAAAAAGUAACAGAAAGUAGACACAGAAGAAAAUUGACAAAUGAUUACAUUGAGAAAAUAGAAUCAAAAGUUGAUGAGCUAUUAAAAUUAGAUGAAGAAGCGGAAGAUUCCCAGUUUGAAUUGAUUGAUCCCGAGAGUUUAAACGUUAACAAUAAUGAUACACCAGCUGCAACACCAAGUGAAUAUAGUAACGUUGAGUCCUUUAAUGAUAUAGACUCAUCAGCAAUACUGAAAUCAGGAAACUCAACAUACAAUACAGAAAGUAAUAAUAAUACCCAAUUCCAUCUGUCGUCGUCAGCUGGUAAAGAUCAUGAUGAAGAUUUAGAAUUAGAAUUAGAGCAAGCAUUGGGUGGCGACUUCUCUUUAGAAAAUGGUCAAAGUGUUCAAAUUGAGGAUUCAAACGGUGAAAAACUGGGACAAAUUGUUGCUGAUAAGAAUGGUAAUGGUGGCGAAGAAGAAGAAGAAGAAGAAGUGGAGGAAGAACUGGAAAUUGAGGAAGAAGAAGAGACAGAAGAAUCAGACGAUGAUGACGAUGAUGAUGAUAAUAGUGAUAAUGAUCAAGCGGCUUCACGUAAAGUUGAAGUUGAUGAAGAUGCUCAGCAUAAUGCAUUAUUGAAGGAUGAAAUCAAUGAAUUAUUAACCACCAUUGAACAAAACAAAUCUAGACUGGAAAAGACACAUAAUCCUUUAUUACAAAGUAGAUUUAUUGAUAGUAUAAAUAAAUUGGAGAAAGAAUUAGAAAAUAAGAAGAGACAGUUGAAAACAAGUGAAGAUAAAACAGCAAAUAAUAAAAAGAAUGAUGAAGAUGAUUUGGAAGAUGGAGGCUCUGGAAACGAAAAUGAAGAUCGUGAAAAUGAAGUUAGAAACGACGACGAUGAAGAAGAAGAGGAAGAAGAAGAUGGUGAUAAUGAUGAUGAUAUUGAUGAUUUAUUUGGCUAA